AAAAAAAACGAGGGAAAUAAUCGCACUUUGCAGCUCUCAUCUAUUUUUUUAGCACAAUUGUUUGUUAACUAGAUUCAAUUAAACGUAUUUUAUGUGUCAAUACGUGUAAAAAAUGACAAGCGUGGACAUUAUUUGUGACAAGUUCCACUCCAGGCAUGACCCGAGAUGGAGCGGCCGCCUGGGGCCUGCUGACGGAGGCGGGCUGCUGCUGUGUGUGGCCUGCGUCAUUGAAAUGAUUGAGAGUGACGACAUUGCGUCAGUGAGGAAGUCAUUCGCCUUGUCUGGUGUCAGCAGGGUGCUGAAAUGUUCCCCGGGCGCCCUGAGAGAGCUGCUCCAGCAGGACCACAGAGUCUCUCUGCAUUUCACAGCCUCUCUACUGGGGAUGCUUCACACUGUGGAGGACGCAGACACUCUGGAAAAGGUUGACCAAGUACUGGUUCAGCUGCUGCUCGAGCUCCAGAGUGAGCCGUCUCUUCGCUUUGUUUUGGAUGAGGUGCACAAACAGCUGAGUAACCAGCACAGCCUGAAGGGUUUCCUGCCCACCUUCAGCUUCUUGGGGAACUUAGUGGAAGCAGUCCCUGACGUGGCCCAUAGUCUGGUGACUCAGUACGUGCCCAUGCUGGACCACCUGUGCUCGGCUUUGCUUUACCCAGAUGAAGCUCUGAAGGCUUCGGCCCUGUACGUGUGGCUCAAACUGUUCGGGACAGCUGGGGGCUCGGCGGCCCAGUCCUUGCCCAUUGCCAUCAGAGACAGAGUGUGCGUCCUGCUGCUGCAGACCUUGGCCAAUGCCAGCUCCCCCCAACUCAUCAACAACUGUGUUGGUCUGUUGUGGCUGCUGGUGCAGCUGGGCGAGGCGGUGUCAGUUCUGAUGAACAGUCCCAGUAAUUUGAUGAUGUGCAGUGAGAACCAGAACAGCCGCACCAACAACAGCCAGUCCAUGAGCCAAAACGAAGAGCAACAGUCCCCUGACCAUUGCCCUCUGCCUCUCAUACUGAAAAAGUUGCUGCUGAGUGGCGAUGAGACGUUGCAGACGACCAGCGCAAAGUGUAUUGCAUCCGUCCUGGUUCAUUCUCCCAGUCAGUGCAGCACUCCUUUCAUCAAGGCCGACGUACCUGAGUUUCUGUUUGACCGUCUGGCCAGUAGCAGCAGCGAGGUGCUGCUGUGGUCUGUCUACAGCUGUUUGGUGUUACUGACUGAAGACCCACUCUUCUUCUCCCAGUGUCACUCCGUCUACGGUAUUGAGUCCCUGGUGCGAAGUCUGAAGGAAGCUCUGCGGCUGACCAACCUGGAAGUGCCGAAACAAGGUCUGCUGCUCCUCACAGAGAUACUGGAAAGGCAGCCCGCUACUGCACGUCUCUUCCCCAGUGGUCCGGGGUUUGUGGCAGUUUCAGAGGCCGUAGUAGCUGGAGUAUCUUCCACCUGCCUGCUGGUAGCCACGCAGGCUGCCAACGCUGCCUCCGCCCUAUUCAGACUGAACCACCAGUCCAGACCAGUACAGUACCGGGAGAUUGAGCGAUUGAUAGAGGCCCUCACUAACAAAUUCCCAGAGCUGCCGCUACCCUCUUCUGCUCACAGUCGAGGCUCCGGAAGGAAGAGGUCAGACUCCAGCAGCCAGACUUCCAGAUCCGAAGGAUUUCUGCUCCAGGCCCUGGUCUGUUUUCAGGCUGCCUGCAGGUUGGCUGAGGAGUGUGCAUCGGAUCCUCUUCUGAAGGAGAACGCGUUCACAGCUCCGUCUAGACACGGCGACGCACAGGACUCGCUGGAGUCGCUGUGUCAGUGUCUGCUACGCUGCUGUGACUCUGUCUGGAUCCCGACCGUCAUUAGGAUGUGCGGGCGUGCACACAGUGCUCAGAUGCUGCAGUACUUCUACUCGACCCUAUCUUACCAGUUCACCCUCCUUCCAUCUCUCAUGCCUGCCUUUGCAAAUAAGCUGGCGUCGUCUGGUUUCUACAGGCUGGCUCUGGAACACAAAGGGCUCUUCUGUGCGGGAAACAGGAACCCAAAUCUGAAUGCAUCUAGCUGCGGUUUUCUACAGAAACUCAGUAUCUGUCUGCUCUCCCAGUCAGACCCCGCUUUUGGCGCUUACCAGCAUGAUGUUAAAGAGGUGGAGAAUCUUCUGCUCCACAACCUUCCCUCUCUGUGUUUUCGUCUGUCAGACUGGCCCUCCCUGCUGCGUGAGGACCCAGGGCUGCAGCUGUGUGAAUAUAAAGGACCAAGGGCUACUCAGUACUGUCUGCUGAUAAUGCUUCAUCUUGCCUUGCAGCAAGGAGACAGGCUCCUUCCAGACCAGACAGCGUUCUCCAGCGUGGUGUGGCUGUUGCACUCGGUGCAGGAGCAGGGCGGCUGUGCCCUGCCUCGAUCUGUGCUCCGCUCUGCCCUCUACCUGCUGGCAGUGACACAGGACAAGAGCCCCGACCUGGACGGGGCUCCUUUUAACUGCGUCAGCAAGGCGCUCUCCUCCUGCCAAAACUUCUCUUCGCUCUACUUUCACCAUCCUGCACUCCUCCACUUCAUCUGUCGCUAUCCAGAGCUAGCAGAAAAAUUCGGACCGCUGGUCUUGGAACUUUGGCUGACCAAGCGAACCGAACACACAGAUGCAGAUCAGACCAUGGCAGACGUUCAGGAGAAGAAGGGAAGCUGUGCAGUGGAGAGGCAGGACCAGGAGACAGACAACGAAACUAUGGAGCUACUGACCCUGAUAGAGAAGUACCCACGGGUCAUACUGACCCUUCUGGACAUGGUUUGCACACGGGAAGCUCCCCUGGCAGGGCGAGCACUGGGCGUGCUGGAAGUUCUCCUGCGUGGUCAAAGAGAGUAUGAAAAUGACUUGUGUACCAGUCUUAGGCCAGUCCUGCUCCAGGCAUUACAGAGGCUCAGUAUGGAGAACAUGGACCCCGGGUUUGGACAGGGACACACUGCUCAGGCAGUGAACUCGCUCCCUCUGGUGCUGAAGCUGCUUUGCGUCACGCAGGCGAGGGACGCGCCUUCAUCGCCCUCCUACAGUAAGACGGUCGGGGAGCAAUUCAAGCUGCUCUACCACGUGAGUAAUAUAGCAGCGAGGUUGAAGCCUGCCAACACAGAGAGCCUGCUACCUGCCCUCAGCUACCUGUACUGCUGCCUGAGUCUGUCCCCUGCACACUGCACUGACAGAGCUGUCUCCAUGCUGCUCUCCAACAGUGGACUGAUGGACCAGCUGCAGACGGUCCUCUCCUCCUCCUCCUCCUCCUCCUGUUCCUCCUCCUCUGCUCCAUCCGUCUCUCCAUCAGCCUGUCCUCCUUCGGCUCUGCUGUGCUGCAGCCAUCUACUCCUGUCGUCCCUCAUUACCUUGCAGCGCGUUCACUCGGCUCAGGUCCAAAAGAGAAUCAGCUGGAGUCUGGACACAGCUGUGCAACGACUACUUGUUCAGAAGAGAAACACAGACGAUCUCCUGCUGGUCAGCUACCUGAGAUUGCUGCAGGCUCUCCUUGAUGUGGACCUGACUUCAGCAGUUGUGUGUGUGAGCGCUGGCCCUGGAUUGCUUGGACCCAGGCCCCUCGGGGUCGAAGACGGCGCCUUGUAUCCGCUUGGCUCUAGAGGGGCGCAGUGCCUCUCAACUGCUCUCGGUGGACUUCUUUUGCAGAAACAUGAGCUGUUGCUGAGAGCCUCAGUCAACUGUCUAAGCUCCCUGCUGGGCUUCCUUCAGAGGAAGAGUCCCGCUACAGCAAAGUACGUGGCGUGUCAGCCGUGGAGUGGAUUCCUCCUCUCCUGCCUGCUCAGCUCAGGAGAGAGCUGCCUCCUGCACCCUGCCAUUCUCAGAGUCGUCACACUUCUCCUGCAGCACGGCGGCACCAAAGCGCUGUGGGAGCCUGACGUGCUCCAGGUGAUUGAAGCGGUGGAGAGGAAGGGGCUGAAGGAGCUGAGCGAGGAAGCAGCACAUGCCCUGAGGCUACUACUCACACAGAUCCAGAGCGAUGUCCUGCAGCCGCCACCCACGGAGGAGCACAAGCAGAGAGCGAGGAGCAUGAUGGAGUCCCUCGACCUGCAAACGUCGGCCGAGAGCCGCAGCCCCGGUUUGCCCGGCGGCGUCUUGCAUGUUGGAGACGUGUCCAUCUGUCUGUCUGACUUCACAGUGAAAGCGAGCUGACGUUCCAGCUAACCGAUAUUAUGACUGAUGUUUUUACGCCUUCGGUUUGACAGUUUGUUUCGUUGUUCAGUUAUUGUUACGUUUUUUCAGAACCAAGCUGAUUUGUUUAAAUUUGGUGCCGGUCAAGGUGAAACCUCGGGAUUGGGAUAGCCUCGUCUUUACCGUUACAUUAAAGCUACUUUUCAAUCAAA